AUAAUUUAGCUACCGUACCUCAUUCGGCUUCACAUUGGAGCUCAGACCUCCAUUAAGAAAUCAAUGGCUUCAAACCAAGCCAUAUUAGCCGGAGCCACCCACUUACCCAAAGCCAUACCAGCCAAUCUUAUCCAACUUUCUCUGUUACACUCUCCUCCUCUUCUCUUCUCUUCCAUAAGAAGCCUAAGAACUUCCUAACAGUUCCUUCCUGCUUUUAAGCAUAAAAAUUUUUUAAAGAAAACACACCAUUUUCUUUCCUCUUUGUAACAGUCGUAUAUCGUUUGGUGUCACCAACGUAUUAGUGCUGCUAAACCCAGGAGAUAGCAUCACCCUAUUUCGGUUGUUACAAAAGAAACAGUACUAAAAAUAUCCGUAAAAGCACAUGGGUUUCCUCCACAAGCUCUGGGACGAAACGCUUGCCGGGCCAACACCUGAAUCCGGGCUUGGCAAACUCCGCAAGUACAAUUCCUUUUCUGGCGCUCGUCCAUCUGCACCAGCUGCUCCAGCUACCAUGAUGAUGGGAUCAGUGGAUGAUCAUCUGAUCCCUGUUUCACGGAGCAUUACUAUCCUCCGUGGCAACUCUCCUACCAUGCGAUAUGCCUCUGCUACCCCUGAUUCCGGCUCCGUCCCUUCUUCUCCCGCUGCUUCUGCUUCUACCACCCCAACUUCUCCACUUUCACCGACUGCUCCUGGUCAUGGUGGAAAUUUUAAGAAGUUGACGAGGAGAAAAUCCAAUUCGGCAGCCUUACAACCAGGGGAGCCAAAAAGCCCGACGGGCUACGAUUGGAUUGUACUAAGCGCUUUGGAUCGUUAAUAGAGAAGCGAGAGGUGACCAUUUUUGUCUGGGAAAUUAGAUGCCAGCUACACCCGCCAAGGCAAAUUCCUUUUUGUACAUACGUCCCCCCAAAGUAUAUACUACUAAAAUAAACCAAGUUUCUUUUAUCAUAUCUCAUGGUGUGUGUGUAUAUAUCUGAUUGUAAAUAUAGGACAGCAGCAUGGUUAGAGCGAGCUGCAUUUUGAAAAAAAAAAACAGAGAGAGAGGGUUAGGGCAAAUAAAACUGCAGAGGUUGAAGCAGAAGAAGUAAACCUGGCCUUGUGUGGCCAUGAAUAUGAUUUGCCCCCUUGCUUCCGCUUCUCAAGUCUGGGAUGAGUAGUAACCUAUAUGAUUGAUUAGUAGUAGUAGGAGAGAGUGUACUUGGCAUGCACUGACAGGACCGCUGCCAUAUCAAGUGGAUAGAAUAGAUGGACACUUGAUUUUUUGGUCCUUUUUUCUUCGUUUUGUGUUUGUGGUGGGGGUUUGGUUGGUUUUCUACCAGUGUUUUUUUUCUACCAGUGUUUUUGUUGAGUCUUCUGUACAUAGAGCAUGGCUCUAGUUUACGUAUGUAUCUUGUUUGAGUUGUGUUCGCUAA